AUGGCCGCUCCCGUUUUCUUCUUCCUCUUGGCUGCCCUCCUUGCUGUAGCUAGAAGAGGGUCAUCUAUAGAGUGUAAGACAUGUUUCGCUUUAAAUGGCAACUGUACUGGCCACGUAAGAGUCUGUGAACCUGAGUUUGAUGCCUGUAGCUCCCUGGUGGUUGAAACAAAAACAUCUACAAAGACGCAGAGAACCAUCAGGAAAAAAUGUGUGAUUCACAGUCAGUGCGUUCCGGGUGCCAUAUUCAUGGAUCUUGGAAUUGGAUAUCAGGAGUCAGGAGUCAGCGACUGCUGUAUAACAGAUCGAUGCAACACAGUCUUCUUCACAAUACCGACCAGGAACAAAACCCUAAAUGGGCUACGGUGCCCUUUCUGUCAUGCUGAGGGAUAUGAGAAGUGCAAAGAAGAGGUAAUCGAUUGCAGAGGACUGGAGACUCAGUGUUUCACCAGGGGAGCUGGAGGACAAACAGUGAGCACAGUAAACUCUGUGACGACCGUCUCCUAUGAGAUCACCCAAAAAGGCUGCGCCACUAAACCGUUCUGUGCCAACAUUGCCGAAACAGGCUCCUUUAUUUCAGGGAACAGUGUUACAGUGGGUGCUCAGGACAUACAAUGCAGAGCAGCUUCUCGUGAAGCCAGGCCAACAGACUCUGGAGGGCAAAAGACGUCCACAGCAUGA